GCUCCUUGUUCAGUUUCUUUUCUUUUUUAGAUCCCUAAGCUAAGCACAUUCGUAUCUUCCCUCGUGGGCUUCACUCGUCUGUUUCUAAAGCGAGCGCACAAAAGCGAGCUCAGUUCUCUCGAUACCUUUGGCCCUGAAACUACGUUGUUCUGCUGAAGAUGAGUGUUGCAUUGGAAUUGUUAUCGGUGAAAAGCCGUAAUCCUAACUCAUUGAAGACCGAUGUUUCUUCUUCUUCGGUGGCGUUGCGUGCGUUACCGUCUAUGCGCUUCCAGUCUCUGCUCAGACCUAGUGGUUGUCGAGUCUCCCUUGCAAGUCGAAGAGUUUUUACACCGAGAGACCCUGGUUCUCCUUCUCUGAGCCGAGGUUGUUCCUUGAAUCGAUCGGUUUCUCUUGUUGCUUUGGCUGCUUCUCAUGAGGAAUCCAAGCAUUCAGAUGUAGAGUUGGAGAAGGAAGGGGAUGACGAUUUAGGAGCUGAAGAAUCACCAGAAGCGUGGAAAGAGGCUCUUAUUUCUUUCCAAGAACAAGUUUUAAGGUUGCAAUGCCUCUCGCGAGAAGCAUACGAGGUUCACUCUAAGAAGGCGAUUGAAAUUCUGAAGGAAACCAGCGAGCAGCUGAAAAUUCAAGCAGACAAGGCAAGAAGUGAUUUAGGUGUGAUAGCAAAGGAGUUCACUGAAGAGGGUAAAGAGUAUCUUUCCACAGUGGCAGUGAAUUCCCCUGAACCAGUGAAGGAGAUUUUUGAAACAUAUUCUUCCUCUGCUCAUGAUAUCAGUCAUUUCUCUAGUGCCCGUGAUUUUCAUGUUGGAAUACCGUAUGGUUUCCUCCUUUCUCUGGGUGGCUUUCUUUCCUUCAUGAUAACUGGCAGCGUUUCUGCCAUUAGGUUUGGUGUUAUUCUAGGGGGAGUGCUUUUGGCCUUAAGUGUGUCAAGCUUAAGAUCCCACAACAAAGGAGAACGAUUUCCUCUGGCCUUGAAAGGACAGACAGCAAUAGCAGCUAUUAUAUUUUUGAGGGAGAUGUGCCUGCAAUCUCAGAGACCUACAGUUCUGAAGUUUUUGACAACCUUUGUCAGUGGUGUGGUGGUUGCAUUUUAUCUAUAUAAGAUCACCAUCAAUGGUAAGAAGAGAAGAAGCUCAGACUUGGAACCCGGGGCUGAAAAUUGAGUCAUAUGCUGGAUGAUGGCCAAAUCACAUGUAUAUCUUUUUGCCAACUUGAAACUGAGGAUCAUCUCCCACAUGCCCCCAGGAGAAGUUCUACUAAAUCACCUUGGAAAAACCCCAGUGAAGAUUGCAGAAGCAGAGAGUGGUUGAUACUGUAGGAGAAUGGCUAAAUAGAAUGUCUAGUUUUACAUUGUAUUGUGAUUAUAUCAAAGAUAGUUGUAACAAUCUAAUGGGCAUUUGUUCCUUGUUUGGUGCUAGAAUCGUUUUGUUCCAAUAAACUCGUUGAUAAUUGUUUAUUCUUUUCCCAAGAUACACCUGAUCUUUGACACUCUCGAAUUGCUGUCAGGAUUAUCUGUUUAACCAAAUAAUCAUUCUAUGUACUACAAAGUAUUUGCUUC